CACUGAAAGCUUCCUUCCUUUACGGCGGCAGAUGGGAGAGCCCUGUCAAUUUCAUAAUGGCGGACACGUGUGGACAAAUACUUCUAGGGUCUGGGCUAACAGUCCUAUCCCACCCGCUUAUGUACAUCAAAGUACUAGUUCAGGUAGGACAUGAACCCCUGCCGCCCAGUCUUGGCAGGAAUCUGUUCGGCCGCCAGGUCUACCAGCUACCUGGGCUGUUUGCUUAUGCCAAACACAUCACAAAGAUUGAUGGCAAGGCGGGUCUGUUCAACGGUCUGGUCCCCAGGCUGUGUGCUGGCACCAUCGGCACCAUCGUUCACAGUCGGGUUCUGCAGAGAUGUCAUGACGCAAAAUUUGAGGUUACGGGCAGUGGACAGAAACAGGAAGAAGGCUCCCUACAGCAUGUUGUCAAUGAGACGACCAAGGAGAUGAUUGCACGCUCCUGCGCCACCAUCGUCACACACCCCUUCCACGUAAUCACCCUGAGGUGCAUGGUGCAGUUCAUUGGGAGAGAAGUCAAGUACAGUGGAGUGUUUGACUCCGUCAUUACAGUCUACAGAGAAGAGGGCAUCAUGGGAUUCUUUGCGGGUCUUAUUCCUCGUCUCCUUGGGGAUGUUUUGUCCCUGUGGAUCUGCAAUAUGCUGGCUCACCUCAUCAACACAUACGCUAUUGACGACUCGAUGAGUCACACAGGAGAAAUCAAAAACUGUUCUCAGGCUGUGACUGGGUUCUUUGCCAGUAUGCUCACUUACCCAUUUGUCUUGGUGUCGAACCUUAUGGCAGUGAAUAACUGUGGGUUGUCUGGAGGCCUGCCACCCUACGCCUCAGUGUACCCCACCUGGGUGGAUUGCUGGAGACACCUCAGCCUGGAGGGCAACAUGAGCCGGGGUAACAGUCUGUUCUUCCGCAAACUGCCGGUGGGGAAGACGUACGCCAUUGAUCAGAAGAGGUUUUUUUGAGAUCGAAGCAGAAGGAGCAGCAUAGAAUCUAAUUGUAAAAAUAUAAAUUUACAUUCUGCCUGAAAUUGGUUGGGGGGGGGGGGGGGGGGGAUGUUGACACUUAAUCCUUUGUAUGCAUUUGUUUACGAUGGAACUGAUUUUGCUUUUUGUUUUUUAACAACCCGUCUGUCUGCCAUCAAGUAAAGAUGAAGCUGUGCUGUUUUUGAGGGUGCUCAGAUUGGGACAAGGGAGGAGCUGUGUUAAAACAGACCUGUGACUGCUGCUCCUCUAAUGGAGCUAUGCCCCUCCACCUAGACCCACCCACCCCACAGUGAAGAGACUGACUCCUUCCUGUCUGUCACUUCCUGCCAAUAAACUUUCCCUUCAUCUCGACCCCCCCCCCCCCUCUCCUCCGGUCCCCUGGUGUGUCUGCUGUAAUGUUUGAUGGACCACACAUCUGCAGCCUCUAUUCCUGGUCGCCUUGUUAAUAUAAAUUAAAGAUGGGGAUUGUUGCUAAACCUGCAUGUAGUAAAUGUUUAACUGAUGAGAUAUUAAGCAGUGAGAUCUGUGUCAGGGGUGUGGGUAUCUGUGUAGUGUCCUGGUCCGUGUGUGUGUGUGUGAUCAUGGUGCUGGCACAGAGGGUCCAGGGAAAAGAGGUGUGAUUGUGUGAGAGGGCACACACAGCCGGACCAGCGCCAGGGCCUUCAGACAGCGAGGAGGCACCAUACAGCUGGAAUGUUGACAGUACAGGAUGGUAUCUGGCCUUGUCACAGUAGUCAGGCAAUUGUAUGAACUCACUUUGACAAACCCAAAUAAAGAGUCUUGCUUUUU